AUGGCCUCCAUGCUGAAGGUGGAUCAGGAAGUGAAGCUCAAGGUUGAUUCUUUCAGGGAGCAGAUCACAAAUGAGGCAGAAGAUUUGGUGGCAAAUUUUUUCUCAAAGAAGUUGUUAGAACUUGAUAGCUUUUUGAAGGAACCAAUCCUAAACAUCCAUGACCUAACUCAGAUUCACUCGGACAUGAAUCUCCCGGUCCCUGACCCCAUUCUUCUCACCAAUAGCCACGAUGGACUGGACGGUCCCACUUAUAAGAAGCGAAGGUUGGAUGAGUGUGAAGAGGCCUUCCAAGGAACCAAGGUGUUUGUGAUGCCCAAUGGGAUGCUUAAAAGCAACCAGCAGCUGGUGGACAUUAUUGAGAAAGUGAAACCUGAGAUCCGGCUCCUGAUUGAGAAAUGCAGCACGGUCAAAAUGUGGGUGCAGCUCCUGAUUCCCAGGAUAGAAGAUGGGAACAACUUUGGGGUGUCCAUUCAGGGGGAGACAGUUGCAGAACUAAGGACCAUUGAGAGUGAAGCUGCAUCUUAUCUGGACCAGAUUUCUAGAUACUAUAUUACAAGAGCCAAAUUGGUUUCUAAAAUAGCUAAAUAUCCCCAUGUGGAGGACUAUCGCCGCACAGUGACAGAGAUGGAUGAGAAAGAAUAUAUCAGCCUUCGGCUUAUCAUAUCAGAGCCACGGAAUCAAUAUGUCACCCUACAUGACGUGAUCCUGAAAAAUAUUGAGAAGAUUAAAUGGCCCCGGAGCAGCAAUGCAGAGACACUGUACUGAGGCCAGGGCCAGGGCCAGGGGACUCUGUGAGUCUGGCUCAAGACCAACAUUGCCU